AUGCUUUGGCUUCUUGCCUUGUUUAUGGCUCUGGCUUCAUGCUCGCCAGUUCUCCAACCUCUGGUACAGGAGCGUGGCCUGACAUGCGUCGGUUACCGCGGUGCCCCAGCCGAACUCCCCGCCAUCAGCAUCGAUCUUCGCGGCGACAUCGAAGCCCACGUCUUUGAUGGCGCCACUCCCACUCUUUCACAGCUUCCUUUGAACACUUGGGCCGGUUCGGCUCGUGAUCACCGCCUGGAGUACCGCGCCUGGAGAACCACUGGCCGCGACGGUAUCUUCAACGUCCAUCUCGAGGUCCAAGUUACCGGCUAUGCCAACGUUUUCGUCAACUUUGGUGCACAGUCUGACCGCGGUAACGGCGAUCCCGGCCUGUCUCGUGUCGACAACGGCUUAGCUGUUGGUUCUGGCUCGAACCCAUACCCAAGGCGAAGUACCUUCAGCAUGGCUCUCGGUACCAUUCACCGGAACAUCAACUAUAACCUUGUCGGAAACUGGAGACUCUGA